GCAGUGCGGUAGUCUGAGAGCUGUACCGGGCUGUAGUGCUGCUGCUGCUGCUGCUGAAAGUGACCGGGGGUUUACUGACUGAGUAUCUGACUGACUGACUGACAGCUGUGUUCCCCUCAGGCUUCAGUCCGGACUGGGCUUUAUUUUACUCUCCAGGAGCUUCAGCUUCAUGAGAUGGACGUCGCUGAUGGAGCCAAGCAAAAUAAAUCAGAGAACAGUGUCCAGUGAACGCAGGGAGGGAGGAGACCAUGCUGUGGAGCCCAGCUGCUGCAUGCUGCUAAAGGAGCAGGCCCUUUAUUUCUCUUCCACUCGUCCACUCGUCACUUGUGAUUUUUCCUCAAGGAUUAAUUUCACUUCAUGGUUGAAGCUGGCUAUGCUGGAAUAACUUUGUGUUAGUUUUCCCGGCAGCCUAUUUUUGUCUCUUUGUCUUUUUUUUUGUGUGUGUUUCUUUGCGGAAAGGUUAAAGGACCAGCCAUGAAGUGUGCUAGAGACAUAUGACACCCUGAGCAAACCAUGCUUCAUCAGCAUGGGCAUGGCCAGUGUUUUCUGUGCCUCAGUCAAAAAACUGAAGACAUAUGAAGACCCAAAGCGAGGAAUGCCCCAUGUGGAGUUUCCUGUCGAAGUGGAUAGUUACGGUGUUGUUGUGUUCAAGCAAAUCUCAACAUUCCUCCACAAUAUGGCCUGACAUGUAAAGAGACAGUAAAGAGAUCAGCGAUUUCUCGAUCAUUACGUCUCUCAAGUCUCGAAAAACACUUAAGAGAUCAUGUGUAACACGACUUGCAAUGUGGACUCAAACAUUGACCAGUUCUUCCAGCCUGUGCUGUACAUUAUUGUUAUCAUCCUUGGCUUCCCUACCAACUGUAUGGCCCUGUGGGCCGCCUACAUGCAGGUGAGACAAAAGAACGAGCUGGGCAUCUACUUAAUCAGCCUGUCUGUGGCUGAUCUUUUGUACAUAGCCACUUUACCACUGUGGAUUGACUACUUCUUGCAACAUGAUAACUGGAUCCAUGGGCCAGGGUCCUGCAAAGUCUUUGGCUUCAUCUUUUACACCAACAUCUACGUCAGCAUCGCGUUCCUCUGCUGCAUUUCCUUGGAUCGCUACUUGGCAGUGGCCUAUCCUCUGAAGUUCGCCAAGGUGCGCUGUGUCAAGACAGCCACUCUGGUUAGCGCCAUCGUUUGGGUUAUAGAAGUGGUUGCCAACUCGGCACCAUUGUUCCACGAUGAGCUCUUCGAAGCGCGCUAUAACCGCACCUUCUGCUUUGAGAAAUAUCCAAUGCAGGACUGGGUGGCAGGCAUGAACCUCUACCGAAUCUUUCUGGGCUUCUUGGCACCCUGGUUCUGUAUGUUAGCAGCAUACAGAGGCAUCCUGAAGGCAGUACGAGGCAACGUCUCGACCGAGCGUCAGGAAAAGGCCAAGAUCAAGAGGCUGGCCCUCAGCCUCAUCCUCAUUGUGCUGCUCUGUUUCGCACCCUACCACGUCCUCCUGCUGUGGCGCAGCGUUCUCUUCAUCAGUAACCCCUGUGACUGCAGAGUAGAGGAGAACCUGUUUGCUGCGUACCACGUGUCUCUCGCGCUCACCAGCCUCAACUGUGUAGCAGAUCCAAUCCUCUACUGCUUCGUCAAUGAAGGAGCUCGCAAUGAUGUGGGCCGCGCCCUGGCCGCCCUGAUGAGACUCUUCCAUCGUGGACAAACCACAGAAACACUGAUGAGCGGCUCAAUCACUGUCGAAACCCCCCUGGCCACCAAGAAGCCAGACCUGUACGGACAGGUCAAGACGAAUUCCUAUAAAAAUGACAUUGAGGUGCUGAAAGAGGAGUGCCUUCAGAUGACCAAAAUUAGUGUUAAAAAUUGAACUUGUGAAGCGAGUGACACGCUUUCUAAUGCAGCCACACUUUGGCUCACUAUACGAGAACUUCAGGGACUGUGUGCCUCAGGAUUUCCCCAAACACAGAUUCCAACUCCUGUCACAGAUCUGUCUUAAAGUGUUGGGAGUAAAACCUGCUCUGUAUGUGAAUGUUACUCCAGAUGCCUUGUUGUUGGUGGUAAUUUGAAUCUGAAACUGUUGUCUCCCUCCAAAAAAUGAGCUUAUCUUACUUACUCUUGUUACUGUGAUGAUUCAGUUCUAAGUGUGUUUCUUUAUUUAUUUUGUAGCUCAUGCCACAGUGAAGCUUAAAACAAAAAGAAUAAGUAAUGUAAAAAGGGCCCCAUAUGAUGCAAGAUUAUCACGGCAGAGCUGUGUUAACUUUUAUAAUGAAGUGCAAAUUUUUUAACUGGUCAUACAAAACUUUUGUUACAUUCUCUAAAACAGUUUAUGCUGCAAACCUCACAAUAGUGAACUGUCAAAACGAUUUAUUACUGUUUUGUGUAAAAUACUGUAAGAUAACAACUAUUGUGCUCAACAUAAACCCCAAUCUUUAAAGUAAAAUACAUCCUUUAGAACAGGACAGGCUUCCGGCAUAGCUUUUUCAUCACACAUAAUAAUCAGAUUUAUCUGCGAAGGUUGCAGGUUUUUAUUCCAGCCAAGCAAAGUCACGUAGUAGUUGUGUUCCAGUACCCAGGCUGAGGCUGAGGUGGUACAAAGACAUCCUUCAAAUCUUUUAGAGCGAUUUAAAGGACGCAACCGAUGUCUCCCUCAUGAUUCCCUGUCACGCACAUUUACAGUUUACGUGGAAAGCGAUAGAAAACUUCAAAAUGAAAAACAGCACAUGGGAAAAUUGAGUGAAAAUGGUGGAAAGCAAAUCCUCUGUCAUUUUGAACUGCUAGAAUCAUUUCUGUGAAUCAAUGAAAAAGCACACAAAUUUCUUCCCAGUGUCACCAUGUGAGGUUCAGACGUGAUAUCAUCACAAAGAAUGCCCUUUUUUUUGGUUUGUAUCCUUGGUUUGAAGUGAAUAUCGCAUGGUGUUGGCUGUUCAGAUUGAGCUUUAUUGUUAUGUAUUGAAUGUGUAUCAGAUUUGAAUUUAAAGUGGUCUAAAUAAUGUCAGAUUCAGUGUAUUUGUGACGUUCACACUGGCACACAAAAAAAAAUACAUCUGGGUAACUUUUACCUGCUGUUUGAACAUAGCUUUAGAGCAGGGAACUCUUCAGUUUUCAGUUCCACAUUUUUACAACUUUACAACUGUAGUUACCAAACCAAUCCUUUAGGGAACAAACUGGGGCAGAUGCAGAUCUGGAGCAGAUCUUCACUCUAGCUCAUCUCACUACAAUAAGGAAAAUGUGGAUCAUCUGGGCAUGCCUAAUACCUGCUUUAGAAAAAAAAAUAGCCACUAUUUAAAUGGUAAAAUUAAACUAAACGUAAAGGAUUUAUUUAGUUUUGAUUCCCAAUUGUUUGAUACACAUCCCACUUUUGUUAGGUGUUUUGGCUAUGAGGGUUAUAAGGGUUUAGAUUUUUACAGAGGUGAGUAAGUAUGUUUAUGAGUAAAUAAAAUGUAGUAAGCUAAAUCAGUGUCUUCAUUGUGAACCAAGGACAUGAACUAUGGCCUAGGACUGCAGUUCUGUGGCACUGAUGCAACUCUCAAGUUGUUGUAGAAGUUGUAAGACACCAUGUUCCUAUGAAACAAGGGGUAAAGGUUGAUGGAUGUCAGAGUGAUCCGGUGGCGAAAUGUGUGUUUUGGGGUUUGCAGAAACUGUUUUGGAAAUGUGAUGCUGUUUUAAGGACUGUGGAGAGCUGUAAUAAAACAGCUUGAGUGAAAGGUUUGUUAUUAACACGUAUUCAACUACAAAUGUCAUCGUAUUGUGUCUAGUUUGUCUGAGUGUUUUCACACCCACCCUCCAAUGAAAAAGUGUCCAAACGAUAGAUUUUGCACGUUUACUGUUGUUUGAGACCUCCACUGUAAAUUGUGAAUGUCUCUCAUCAGCUUUUGGUCUGCUACUCAACUCAACGUCUCAUUUAUGCCAAACUGAAAUAAAUAAAUUACAUCUGUCCAGACAUUCUUUUGGCUCCUAAUUUUACUGCAAUGUCCCCUUUUAAUCAUAUUAACAAGAAUGGAAUAAAAUGGAAUAGAAUAGAAUAGAAUAGAAAUGACAUCAGCUCACAAUGACUUGCAGUCUUUUUUCCAUGUCAGAAUGAUGGAAAUGACACUGUAGUAAUUAGUAAUAGCAGAAAGGUACAGAAAAAUGUAGAGUGGAAAGUGUAGUAGCUCUAGCUAUUAAAAACAGUUCAGAGAAAAAAAUUAAAUGCACACAAUUCCCCCCAUGGUUUCUGACACUGUGUGACACAAUGCUGUUGAUAAAUGUGAACAGAAGUAGCUAAAAACAUCACUGUUAUUCUGAAGUCUGAAUUUUUAAGAAGCUCCUACUAUCAGAAAAACUAUUUGACAAACUAUCUCUAGAAGUUAAAAAGUGAGUAUAGAAAUAGGGGAGGAUGAAAAGGUAAAGAAUAUUAUAUUACAAGACAUUUUGAGGAUGAAAUGUAUUAUUGCUGCAAUAUUUAUUGCAGUAAAAUAUCAACAAUAAAAUAGUGAGAAAAAUCAGCGAUCAGUAGCAGUUUAGUUAGUUUAAUGACUGCUAUUCAAAUACAUUACCCUACUUAUUACUACUAUGGUUUUAUUUGUAAAUCAAUCUAAUUAAACAGGAUUAAUUACAGGGCUCAGAUUGGUCCCACAUCACGAGGUGAUGUGGGUCAGCACAGGCAUAACUUCUAGACAUAUGUGUUGCAUCUCAUGGCAUGGCAGGGCUUUCAACUGGUAUUUUUUAGAAGGAUAAUGCUUGCCCACACACAGCGAGUUUCCUAGAAAUGUCUUCGUCAGUUUGCAACAUACCUUAGCCUGAUUGGUCAGCAGAUUUAUUGUCAAUCAAGCAUUUAUGGCACCAGUUCAAUCCAAUUAAACAGGAUUAAUUACAUGGCUCAGAGUGGUCCCACAUCACUCCCAGGGUGAUGUGGGUCAGCACAGGCAUCUGUUUGCUGAUGUAUCAGAGCUGUAAUGCUGCGCUUUCCUCCAAACGUGCUGGCUACCUCCUAACGCUGGAUCAGUAGGAGUUCAAAAAGAGGCAGUGGCUGACUUCACAUUUUUAAAGGAGGCAUGUGCUAGUUUUCACCUUCCACCCUGUUGAGUGGGUCGAGUAAUUAGCCUUCUAAAUGAGAAAUAAAAUUAUUAAAAAAUCACAUUAUUUCAAAAAUUUAUACUGUACAUAAUUACAAAAUCACAAUGCAAUUAAAUAUUUUAACAUUUAAGAUUCCUUUUUUUUUUAAGAGGAUUUUUUUUCUUAUAUAUAUUAUACCUUCCUUUGAAGUCCGUGCUUGUUUAGUUUAAAUAGACUUUGAAUUAAUGAAGAAGCAGAAGAGAGAUAUAGCAGAUACAAAGACAUUCUAAAACCCACAUAAACAUUUCAGAGAUUCUACUUUUUGCAUCUAUUCUGCUGAUGAUAAUAUAACUUAUUAUAUUAUUGUCCUUUGUCCUAUUGUCCUCUGCUGCACUUUUGGAGCCAUUUUAUCUCUAUGAUAAUUCCAUUAAAGAGGAAAUUGUUCUAUUUUUUUUUUACUUUAAUUCAGCAUGGAAGGUUUGCUGUAAUUGCCAUGGAUCUUUCAAUCAGUCAGUCAAUCUCUGAUUCCAGUCAGAGGGAGCAGGAUGAAUUGAACACUGGGGACGUUGUUGUGUAGUAUAGAUUAGGUGCAGGUGUUAGUCAUAAGGUUGUCUCGCCUCUGGGGCUCCAAAGUUGUUUGCUUUCAAGGUUGUUUAUUAGCAGCGGCGUGUCGGCGUGGCUCAUAUCGUUACGCACUCUUGAUCAAUAGUACUCUGGAGGUGUUACUCCUCAGCAGUGCUGCUCUGAUGAUGGAGGAGGACAUGGUUCCUCGUGGCAUGCCCUCAGCUCACUGGCUACUAUUUAUAACUCAGUCAAUUCCAGCCGUUUACUGGCUAUUUGACAUGCACACCAUAUCCAGGCUGACUCCUGACCCGUUUGUCCUCGGGCAAACCGCAAGAGCGUUGGGAGCCGGUGGUCUUUGUGUCGUGUUUCACCUGACUGAAACAGAAUAGGCUACUGUUUUGUCUGUAUCUGGUUACCCCGAGACAGUGAGGUGACCCAAUGACCUGAAAGGGAUCAAGGUCACUGGGCUCUGCUCUAAAAAUGGCACAUUCCCCAGACAUGCCGUCAGAUAGACUAGCUGCUAUCAUUCAGAGAAGAAGAAGCAGAACUAGAGGUAAAUGAGGUAGACAUCCUUCAAUGGGAAAAUAUUGUGCAUCUGUCAUAAAGCCCAUAAAUGGCUUUUGGUGUGUGUAGUAUCUGAAAGAUUAGUCAGUCGAUUCUUGCGUCAUGCUGACAGGAAGGUGUCUGUCACCAGGUCAUAAAUAAUGGGUUAAUGAAUGGGUUUAUAAUUUACUAUAAUCUCUGCUGUAAAAAUAAAAACAUAUAAACAUA